AUGACUCUACUCAACUUUAUCAUUGGCCUGGCACUUACAGCCAGUGUCACAGCGUGCCCAAGUCACACCAACAACCAAGCCAAGACAAAGCGAAGCGAGUCCAAUGUGACAACAAUAACAGCAGCCGAAUGGGCUUACGAUGAGUCCUAUGAUUGGGGCAUGUUGAGUCGAGACUACGAAUUGUGUCAAACUGGCACACAACAGUCCCCCAUUGCCCUGACAUUGGCCACCCACGGCCUGUCCAAGAAGCACCGCCCAACAUUCAACUAUGGAGUCAACACGACGGGCAACCUGCACAACUGGGGCUACGGCCCGGCCUUUACGCUUUCUCCCCCCAGCGUCGCUGAUGAUUACUCUUCCAACCCGGCCAUGUCGUACGACAACGAGACCGUCUACCUCGCGGGCUGGCACAUUCACGCGCCGGCCGACCACAUUGUAGACGGCGUGCGCUCGCACGCCGAGCUGCACUUUGUCCACGUCGACGCCGCAGGCCACGAAAAGGCCGUAGUAGGCUUCCGCAUCGAUCCUGCACCCUCAUCCUCCUCAUCCUCCUCCCCAUCCACGUCUCUCAACGUCGACAUUACCGACAUUGUCGAGGACGCCUUUUUCGCCCAGCUCCCGUCGACCUACUCCCGCUGGGACGAGAUGGACCUCGAGGAGGCCGCCGUGCUCGACCUCGGCGACGCCCUCGAGGCCGUGGCCCGCCUCGACGCCUUUUACACGUACGAGGGCAGCUUGACCAGCCCCCCUUGCCACGAGGGCAUCCGCUGGUUCAUUGCCGCCCGCGUCCUCGAGGUCAGCAUUCCCCAGAUGCAGGCCAUCCUCGCCGCGAGCACCUACUCGGCCCGGACGGAGCAGAUGAUUUGGGAGCAUCAUAUCAAUGAGUAA